CCUGCUUCACAGCGGUAAAUUUGACAACAAGCCCUAGCUAGCUACGUGUAUUACAGGAAGAUCUUUUGUCCCGUUAAUCUGCAAACAAUGACUAAAUUACAAUAUCUGAAUGUAUUUCUGACUGAGCGUUUGAUGCAAGCUGCCGAGGAUAUACUUGGAGUGGUUGGAAACACGAUAUCCGAGUACCAGGAAGAAAUAACCCGGACAAAGAGAGAGAAUCAAUACCUGAAACGACACUUGAUCACACCGGGUAACGAGUGGAGGACAGAGGAGCCUCUUAAAGAAGAAGUUACAGCUCCUCAGCCCAUUGUCUCUUGGGUCUCAGAGCAGCAAACUCCCCCUGAGCAACAGCACUGUGAGCAGGAGUGGAGCCCAAGUCUGGGGCAGAGGGACCCAAAGCCCACACAGAUUAAAGAGGAACAGGGUGAACUCAGGACCCGUCAGGAGGAAGAGCAGAUUCAAGGGCCGGAGGCUGAUACCAAAGAAGACUCCAUAAUCAUUCCUCUCUGUGUGAAAGGUGACUGUGAUCAGGAGCCACCUCAGUCCACACAUCUUCUCCAAACUGUGGAGAACAGAGAGAAGUACUCUCUACUGACCAACACAACUGGACAGAUCAAAACAGAACCUGAUGGAGAGGGCUAUGGAGCAUCACUAUCAGAACCAACCAGUGACUCCCCUCAGUCUCAGACCCUCUCUGCAGUAAAUCCAGACUGUUCUAGAACACAGAGUGAGAACACUGAAAGUGUUCCUGAUGUUUCGAGAGAUCCAGAAAGGAGACCAGAGGACACACAGACACACUCAUGUACUCAGUGUGGUGCCGUGUUCUGUGAGCUAUCCCAACUGAAGGCACACAUGCUGUCCCACACAGAACCACACAGUGGUGACACUAGUCACAGGCAAAUCCUCUGCACAGUCUGUUGGAAGUCAUUCACCUCUACCAGUUACCUCAAGGUCCACAUGUGUUCUCACAAUAAGGAGAAGCCCUUCCACUGUGGUGUGUGUGGCAAGAGUUUCAGCUACUCAGGGAGGUUAAAGGAGCACCAGCGCAUCCACACUGGAGAGAGACCAUACCGCUGCCACGUGUGUGGUAAACGCUUCAACCAGUCAGUCCAUCUGAAGACCCACCUGAGGGUCCACACGGGGGAGAAGCCCUACUCCUGUCCUGUCUGCGGGAAAGGAUUCAGUCAGUCCAGCCAUAUCAAGGGACACCUCAGAACUCACACUGAGGGAGGUAGAAGAAAAAUGCCUUGGAGUGGAAAGAGCCCAUGAGAGGUUAGACAGUCUUCUAUUCUCAAAGUAGCCAGUGUUUGGAAAGAGAAUGACACAUUCCUUCUCUUCAAUGCUACUAAUUCUACAUAUUAUUGUGACACUAGAGGACUAUAGCAUGUGUAAUGUUUUGCAGACUAACUGAGGCACUUCAUGUCUGCAUUGAUUCGUGAGUUGCUUAAUAACAUGCUAUGAAAAUACUUGUGCCUCAUGUAUCACUAGGUUACACUAACUAUGUUAAGAGAGAAAUAUAAUGUUAAUUUUGGUUAGAUUUGUUUCCUGAAGUGCUCAGUGGGAUAAUGGUUACAGCCUUUUUUUAAAUCAAUGUUGUAAAACCAUGUUUGAACACUAGAUGGGAUACUUGAGUUCUCUCACCCAGGAACACAGAGGUCAGUCUUCGUAUGACAGGAAGUCCAUUAGACCAAUAUUAUCCCUGUUUUUAUUUUACACACCCUGGAGUCCAUUUCAUUGAAACUGACCGAGAAAGGUUUUCUACUGUACACAAGUUUACCUCAAGUUCUUUCAUUAUGUCAAUUUAUCAUUCGUUAGAGUAGGCUAAACUUGUCUAGUAUGUGAAUCGAUGUACAGUGUUUAUUUUUAUGGUAGGUCUAGCUAGGAGCUACUUCUGAGCUGACUAACUGUUAGAGGUUGCCCUCUAGGGGGGAAAUAAAGACGAGAUCUGAAAAAUAAAGUUGGAUCAAAUCAGGGAA